AUGAGCGAAGACAAAGACAUACGUCACAUUUUGGUGAAUCAGCCAAACUAUGGUUUUGCUUCGAAUCGUGUUAGCAACACCAAGUAUCAUUGGUGGUCUUUUCUUUUUGUGAAUCUUUAUUCACAACUGAUUCAGCCAAUGAAUGCUUAUUACGUUGUCGAAGCUUGUUUGGAAGUAAUCGCUGUGUUUUUGUGGCAUUUAAUUCCCAUCAUUACCACGUAUCAUCCGUUGACCACAUGGGCUCCAAUUAUUUUUAUCUUCGCUCUGACGGCAAUUCGAGAAGCAUACGAGGACAUUUUGCGAUACAAGAACGAUAAGGUGAAAAUAGGUAAACUAGCAUGA